AUGGAAUUAAUGGCAAUUAUAUGGAUUAUAUUUUUUGAUCAUGCCUACAACGAUAUCAGUUGGAAAAGUACAAAUCUUUGCUGGAGUAUUCGAAAAGUGAUCCACCGAGAAUUGAGGAAUUACUUGAUAGAGAAGUUCAGCGGAGAUGUGGAAAUGGCUGAAAAUCGAUUUUUGAAUUUACUGGAAAUCCCAAUGAUUGUGGAGAGAGGAGAACAAAAUUUCAAGAAGAAGUUGUACUUUUUCAACUAA